CUGGACGUUAGCGUCGUCUCUCCUGCGUGUUAGCCGAACAUCACGACCUUUGAAACAAGCCGUGGACUCGAAUGAAUGGUUUCUCCUGACUGAAGUGUGUUAGAUGCUACAAUGAGCGUCCUGUGUCGCAGGUUCAUGAGAGGACUGUUAUGCGGACAGCCGCAGUGGUUGUCUGUAGUCGGAGCUCAGUGUUUUUGUAGCGGAGUGUCUCGGCUAGACUCUGUUCGACGUGACAGCGCUGCUAACUCUACCAGCCCUGUAAACUUGACGUAUGACGUGUUUGAUGGGAAAGGGGACAGCACACCUCUGGUCUUUCUACACGGUUUAUUUGGGAGCAAAUCAAACUUUCAUUCUAUAGCCAAGUCCCUGGUACAGAGGACAGGCCGGAAGGUGCUGACCAUAGAUGCUCGUAACCAUGGAAAGAGCACACACAGUCCAGUUUUGACGUAUGAAGCAAUGAUCACUGAUCUGAAGCAUCUGCUUAACCAGCUGCACAUUGGAAAAUGUGUCCUAAUUGGUCACAGCAUGGGAGGAAAAGUCGCUAUGGCUACGGCUUUGUCACAGCCCAGUUUAGUUGAGCGUCUCAUUGUGGUAGACAUCAGCCCUGCUCCAACGUCAGUACGCACCAAUUUUCGUGCCUAUAUUGAGGCUAUGAAGGAGGUGAACAUAGCCACUGACAUCCCACGCUCUACAGCAAGAAGAAUGGCUGAAGAUCAACUACGAAAGCAUGUUAAAGAACAUUCAGUCCGACAGUUCCUCCUCACAAAUUUGGUGGAGCAGAAUGGACAUUAUGCUUGGAGAGUAAAUUUAGAAGCCAUAUCAAAUCACCUGGAAGACCUCAUGGGUUUUCCUGAAUUUAACAGCACCUAUGAAGGUCCCACACUCUUCCUGGGUGGUAGUAGCUCAGCAUACAUCAGCUCUGAGGAUUACCCAGAGAUUCAGCGACUCUUUCCAAGUGCAGAUAUCCAGUAUAUACCUGAUGCUAGUCACUGGAUCCACGCUGACAAGCCUCUGGACUUCAUCAGCUCUGUUAUCACUUUCCUGCAGUCCUAGUCCUCUGAGCUAACUCAUCCAGGUGGGCGCAGUGGUAUACAGACAGUGAAGAGUUUUGAGGGCAUGGACCAAACUAACCUUGUUUUUUUAUAAUCAGGCCUUGUCCGUUACCUUCUAAUGCACAACUUGACCUUUAUAUGGUUGUUUGUAGUUACAUAUAUGUUAUAAUGGUGUGCUAAUUUAUUUUUAGGUCUUUAGUUGCACUGUCUCAGCGUUCACUGAUAAUGAAUAGUUUGAUUUUUCUCUAAAACAGUUCUCAGUCUAAUACAUUGAAAUGGCAUUUUGCUUUUGUGGGUUUCUAGAUUUUGCUUUGCCCUCAAGUAUUGUUUCUAAUGUUCAAAAUUGAUGCUAUGUAUCAGAUGGCUGUUUAUGAUUUUUGGGUCACCUAGAUGGCCCUUGCUUUUUUUGGGGGGGGUGGAUCUGUGGUAGGAUGUGCACUUGUCAAUCCGCAUUCUCCAGCAGACAUCCUUUCUCUAUUCUCAUGGAAGUCCAAAGAAGCCUAUGCAAUAUGGGCCUGGCUUUUGGCACUGUUCUUAAGCGUACAUGUACUUCACACUGUCUUACACAAGUACAUUCUAUAAGAUUAAUAUAACCAUAUCACUUUAAUAGACAACCAGUUCCAUAAUACUUCCUUUGGUAGCACUCAUGGUUGACCUGAGUGGACAUCUUGUGUUGUUUGUAAUUUUAAAUUCAGCCCCAAAGGGAUCAAGUUUUUUUUUGCCAGUGUUAUCAGAUAGUAUUUAAUCAUGUUUUAACUACAGUAUAGAAGAUAUAUACCAAUUAUAUCCCACAUUGUUGUUAGUAGGUUUUUCAGAGCUUUUAAUAAGGGUUUAUAGAGGUGUCAGUUGUUGUGUUUUCUUGUUUAUUAAUUUGUAUAUUCACGUGAGUGGCAUGUAGUUGUGUUGUGGUGGAUGUUUAACCAAAACUGACGUGUAUAACUAUAAUAGCUUAUAUGCUAAAGAGCUAUGCUGCCGGGUAUUAAACUCUGAAAACCUCUGUUCAUCAGGUUCAAUAGCCCUGUCUUAUGUGGCCGCCUUUGUUAACCGUGGAUGUGUCUGUCUGUACUUUGUGACUGAAUGGUAUUUUGUAUUACUAUAUUAAACAUAUUCAUGAAUUAUUACUAUUGGAUACUAAUAAGAGGUAAAUAUUUAUAUUUUAUGACUAUGAUGUCAUAACAUGAAUCUUCUGUUCUAUAUGUAUAUGUGUGACAGUGGUAUUUUAGGAUUAUGAAAUAUGCUGCAGAAUUAAACUCCAAAGCAAGUGUUUUAAUCAAUUACAGAGCUGCCCACUUGCUGAUGAUAUUAACUGUAUAUGGUAGAACAUGAGUAUCAUGCUAUAUAUAGUGGUCCUUGUGUCUGUGAGGAUGGGUUGUGUUGCAAGAGUGUUUGUGUGUAUAAAUGCACAUGUGAAUAUGUAUUUUUCAGAAAUAUGUUUCUUAAACUACUAAAGUUUAUGUUUAAAACAGUGCAAAUGCAUUGUGUAUUGCCAGAUACUUUUAUCAGAGAGGUAUAAUGACUUUUUUAGGCCUUUUUGGGUGUCUUAGAGACAAAAGAUGGUUUGCCUUGGAAAGUUAGCAGGUCCAUGGACGGUUUCUCCAAGCAGAUUUAAUAGAAUGUUUCUUUGUGUCCUUCUAUGACUGAAUAUCCUGUCAUACGUUUGUAUUUCAAAGUCUAAUGCAGGAUAAUAUAGGAUAAUUAUCCUAGACAUCGAAUUUUUUAAAAAUAUCUUUUUUUUUGCCUAGAAUGUCAAGGAUUGGAACUCAUAUUUGAUUGUAUGUAGGCACUUCCUGAGUAAUGUCCCAGUGUCAUUACUUUUAAUACACUGUAGUCAAUGAAUUGUGUUAUUUAGUUUAACUAAUUGGUUAAUAUAAUAAAGUUUUUUGUUGCUUUUUUGUCGUCUAUGAAUGAUCAAUUAUAUAGGUGUCAAUUGAUGAUGGUUACAAACAGUAUUUGGUAUACAGUACUCUCAGUACUUUAAUAUGUAUUUAUAUCUACUAAAAUAAAAAGUUACAACUUACAAAUUUGCACAGUCUUAGUGAACAUUAUUUUGCUUGUGAUGGAGUGUAGCACAAACAGAAUGUAAACUCAUGUUUCAUUGUAGGAUUAAUUUAAUUUGUCUGAUUCUGAGGACCUUGGACUUCAAAGAACACUUGGUUUCAGUGGCUUACUGGUGGCUAAUACAUCUGUAUACAGUCGACCCAGUGUAGCCAUUAGGUGGGAUGUGAUUGCACAAAAAAAACCUGUUGUUGCAAACAGCGAUACUUGGGGCCAAACUCUAAACAUGCACAAGUGCUCCUCUCAGUGGCUGAAGUGUAUCUGUUAUAAUUAUGUGUGUGUCCACUGUUAUCUCAUAAAACCUGAUCAGUUUGUGUGAAUGUGUUUACAAUGCAUGCAAGACGUUUUCUCUGUAUACCUGUCCAGCUAAAUAAAUGUCCAAGUUCUCAGAUCAUU